ACACACACACACACACACACACACACAGUACGUGCGUGUGCGCGUGUGCUGUAUUACACACAUGCAUAAAAGCAUUGGAAGAUAUCAAGUGACAAGUUGGAUAGAGAGUACAAAGAAACGAGAUGGGCUCGAUCAUGAUGGGAUGUUGCGCGUAGAAUAUGAAAUAUGACGUAUCGUGUUAUUGAACGAUAACUGCAAGUUAUUAGAGUCGAUUGACGCGAGUAAUUCGAUGUAAGGAGCGCGUGAAGCGUCUCUCACCGUGUGCGUGCCGUGUACAAGGCUGUAUCUGUAGCUCGGUUGUUACUCUCGCGAUUGCGACGUUGCACGGUUGCGAGAUCUCACGUACGUAAAUUACUUCGUUAGAGAUGCCGUUUGACAAAUUUUGCUCUCAGAUAGUAUAUAGUUGCGAGGCGCUCAUCGACACUCGUGCUUUGAUCGUGGACGUAAUCGCGUAAUAAUUUGCUCAGUACAUUCGACUUUGGCGCGCAGUUUACAUCUCGUCUGACAAUUGCUGAUUCUAAUAGUUUUGCGCUUCGUCAAGAGUACGUUAUUGUUCAGGAUUACGAGUGAAUUACGAGUGGAUAAUCAAUUGCAUUAUUCGCGGGAAGAAAAUGCAAAGUGGCAGUAAUUUGAAUCAAUUCAAUGACGAUGACUUUUUCAGUAGUGGACCAUGUCCAUCGUGCAGAUUAGCUAUCAAUAAGGAAACCGGUAGACUCAAAUGGUGUCCUGGUGGAAAUGAAACCUGGCGCUUCCGUAUCAAACUAAUGCUUCUUAUACCCGCGAUGUUGCUGCCGAUUACCAUAGUGUUUAUCGCUUUGUCACGAUUUCAAGCCACAACCGAAGCCUCCGAGUCGCGUGUCGUUUCUAUUUACAAGAUACAGGAACAGGAUAAACAAAAAAUCACUGACGUCUUUUGGCCUGCUAUCAGUCACAACGACGCAGAACACACAGCGGAAGGAACCGAAGAAGAGAACCGACUUUUGCUUCCCGAUAUGAAAACGAGUUAUGUGCCCGUAGACACGUAUUCUUCAUUUCAAUCGCGAUCACGAUCGCUUCACCGUCGCAAGAGAGACAUCGACGGGGAGAAUCACACGAGAGAUGGAUUCGAAUUGGACGAUCGAGCAACGUUCUCGUCUCGUGCACAUGCCCGUUUAGCUAACGACAAACUGGCAGAUUUUCUUUCGAGGGAAGACUCGGAUGGAAAAAAUAGUACGAUGGAGAGAGUCUUUUCGGCUUCCGACAACGUAAAGCCGAACGUCGACAAAGUCAAGAUGAAGAACGGUGAAAGCAACGACGCGCAAGAAGAUAAGAUUGAAGAAAAUAAUUUCUUGGGCGAUUACUAUCCGGAAGAAGAAAUUGAUGAUAUUCACGAAAGCAGUGGAACAAGGUGUAAUUGUCGCUAUUCCGGAAAGACAGAAGAAGCGAUGUCAUUUGAAUUCAGUGAUAAAUUCGCGACAGACAUAAAUAUUGAAAAACGAUCGAAGAAGGAAUUGGCGAGAACCCAAAAAGAAGACUCGUUUUCUAUUUCCAUCAAUGAAACGUGGCUAUCGCUAGUUGAAGGACGUGAUGCGAUCGAGAAUGAUGAAAUAUCUGAUCUUCGUACAUUUUGGAAAGGCGAGGGAAAUGCAAAGAGUAUCAGAGAGGCCCGAGCUCAGAUAAUGCUGAGAUAUAUGGAUAAAAGCGUGGAUCCGUGUGAAGAUUUCUAUCAAUAUGCUUGCGGCAAUUGGGCGAAACGUAAUCCUAUUCCAAAAGACAAAGCUGGCUAUGAUACUUUUGAAAUGCUCAGGGAAUCGCUGGAUUCUGUAUUGAGAGAGUUAUUAGAGGACCCGAUAUCAGGCGACGCCGAUGAGAUAAAUGCCGACGAUGCUACGGUAAAGGCGAAAUAUUUGUUUCAAAGUUGCAUGAAUCAUGAUAUUCUGAAGCAACGUAUGGAACAACCACUAAUUCGACUUCUGGAUUAUCUCGGUGGUUGGCCGAUUCUGAGACCGGAUUGGAAUCCUGACAAAUUCGAUUGGCUUCUCUUGACCGCACAACUUCGAUUGUACAAUAAUGACGUAUUAAUUUCGGAAUGGGUGGGUCCAGAUAUUAAAAACAGCGACAAAUACGUGAUACAGUUUGAUCAAACGUCACUCGGGCUUCCUACAAGGGAUUAUUUUCUACAAUCGUCUAACACGAUUUAUCUAGAAGCCUACAAGGAUUACUUGAUGAAAAUCGCAAUUCUACUCGGCGCAUCCUUGGAUAAUGUGACUAUUCAAGCCAAAGAGAUGAUUGAAUUUGAAACGCAACUCGCUUCUAUUACAUCAUCACCGGACGAAAGACGAAAUUUUUCGGAACUAUAUCAACGAAUGAGCAUUGGUGAAUUAAGAACGCUUGUGCCGCAAAUCGAUUGGCGCCGUUACUUGUCGAUCGUUUUGGCUCGACCGAUAAAUUUUUCCGAACCAGUUGUUGUCUUUGCGUUGCAAUAUAUUCAAGAUUUGGUUGUUUUACUUUCAAAGACGCAACCUAGAACAGUGGCGAAUUAUCUCUUGUGGAGAUUUGUACGGCACAGAGUGAACAACUUGGAUGAUCGUUUCCAGGAGGUUAAACAGAAAUUUUACUAUAUUUUAUUUGGUAGAGAACAAGCACCGUCAAGAUGGAAAAAUUGCGUAACCCAAGUUAAUUCUAACAUGGGCAUGGCCGUCGGAUCGAUGUUUGUUAGAAAGUAUUUCGACGAAAACAGUAAAAACGAUACAUUAUCUAUGACUCGAGAGAUACAGCGAUCCUUUAGAGAGCUGCUUAACAAAACCAAUUGGAUUGACGACGAAACAAAAUACUUGGCGACUGAGAAAGUGAACGCUAUGUCACUGAGAAUCGGUUAUCCAGAUUUCAUCCUACAGCCACAUCUACUGAAUGAGCGUUAUAAGGACGUUGUAAUUCGACCAAACGAGUACUUUGAAAAUAUUUUUAAAUAUUUUUACAACAUUUUGACCAGAAUUGAGCAAAAUCGUCUUGGCAACACCGUCAAUAAAACUUUGUGGAACACUGCCCCAGCGGUCGUCAAUGCUUACUACAGUCGCAAUAAAAAUCAGAUAAUGUUUCCAGCGGGCAUACUACAGCCUCCUUUUUAUCAUAGAUUUUUUCCACGAAGUUUAAAUUACGGUGGAAUUGGUGUUGUGAUUGGACACGAGAUUACUCAUGGAUUUGACGAUAAAGGUAGACUGUUCGAUAAGGACGGGAAUCUUCAUAGAUGGUGGAAAGAUGAAACGAUCGAUGGUUUUCAUCGGCGAGCGCAGUGUCUCAUCGAUCAAUACGCACGUUAUACCGUGACGGAAGUUGGUAUGCAUAUAGAUGGCGUUAAUACACAAGGCGAAAAUAUUGCUGAUAAUGGUGGCAUUAAACAAGCAUUUAGAGCGUACGAAAAAUGGUUACGUUUAAACAAAGAGGAAGACGAGACUUUACCCGGAAUAAGUGCGACGGACAAACAAUUAUUCUUCCUGAAUUUUGCUCAAGUAUGGUGCGGUUCGAUGCGUCCCGAAGCAACGAGAAAUAAACUGAAAACAGCUGUACAUUCCCCUGGUAAGUUUCGCGUGAUUGGCACUCUCUCCAAUUCGAAGGAUUUCGCUCAGGUGUUCAAUUGUCCUCUUGGUUCCCCCAUGAAUCCUGCGAGCAAAUGCUCAGUGUGGUAAAACACAAACAUGUACAGUACAAGAUCGUAUCAUAUGUAUAUCGGUACGAUUUAUUAGGAUCACAAUGGCUCGUUUGUGAUUGCGUACAGUUCACGCUCAAAUGGAUUCUUUAGUUAAGAUUCUUAGCCAAGUUUCUUACAAAUGUAAAAAAUAAUAGAGAAAUAUACACUUGGUUUUAACGCA